UCCUUAUAGAAAGAACAGAAAAUUUAGCUUUCGGCAAAGUCUCAUAAUAUAUAUAUAUCUCUGUCCUUAAACCCCCCUUGCAAGGGACAUCGAUCUUACGCCUAAUACUUCGACUUCUAUUUUUUCAUAAUCAGCAGAUCCGAGCUACUUUCUUUUACAGUUUCGAUAAUUUUCACACAUUUAAUCAUUAACCCAUUCUGGCCUAUCCGGCGACUACUCAAGAGAGAUAUAAAAUGCAUUACCACGCUCAUCCGGAUUUUCAUCCGGCUUAUAGCUUCCCGCAGGGAAACACCAUGCAGUAUAACGAGAGCCCAUACCAUAAUACUGGCUUCCCUGGAUUUCAGUAUAUCUACGGCUAUCAACCGCCUCGGAGCCAUCUCAUCGCCGAUCGAGGUGUACUGGCUGACCCCAAAGCGGAAUCAAAGCCGCGGUUAUCUAAGGAAGAAGUUGAGAAGCUUGAGAAGGUCUUCAGAGAAAACUCGAAGCCUUCAAGCUCGGUCAAGGCUCAACUGGCCGACUCACUCGGUCUAGAACGACCAAGAAUUAAUAAUUGGUUUCAAAAUAGGCGUGCCAAGGCAAAGCAGGAGAAGAAGCAGCAAGAAUAUGAGGAGCAAAGAGCGAAGGAGAAGGCUAGCUCUGAGCCAGAUUCGCCCGAUGCAAGCCCGCAAGGCAGCUCAUCAGACCAAAUGGGCGAGAAUGCCCGACAGCGCGUGCAACCUUCUUCCGCGAUUUUCCCAGAUAUCAACUCGAUUCCUCAGGAAACCGAGGACUCCGAUGAUGACGACACUGAAGAUGACUCCCCCGACACUAACAUUGAUUCGCCUUCUGGACAAGAUCCAUCUGGCAGCCUUCAAGGCAAUACACCUAGCAACUUCCAGUCCCCGCUGCCGUUCGACUUUUCGCAUUCCGAUGUGACCGAAUUCACUCAAACUCAGUCCCAUCAAAGUUACCAUCAUUCCUCCCCCAUGACGGACUUCACUCCUUGCAGUGUCGAUUAUUCCGGCCAAAGUGAGCAAAUGACAAGCAUGAUCAAUAGCCUGCCGUCGCCUAACGAGCAGGGUACUGGUGCGGAACAGUCCAGCCAACAGUACCAUACUAUGGUUGAAGCAGACUUGUCAACCCCAACUGUAACACCCUUUGCGCAGUCUCAAUCAACUUUCACUACACCCGGACUAGUCGGGAACGCCAUGGAAUCGUUACAGGAUUAUGAUGAAAACACUCCUAUGAGCGAGAGGCUGGCUACACCGAUGAUGCCUCAAGGAAUGCCAACUCCCACCGACUCUUUCAAGUCACCCCCGCCUCCUGCUAAUAUUGCCUCCCGCCGAAACAUCCCGCGGCCAGCAACACUUCAAACAUCUUCGCUGAGGAGCCGCUCUUACAAUCUUGGCUAUGCACCCAAAAUGCCAUUGGAUCCCUCAAGCCCCGGCUCGGCAAUACGACGGAUCGCUUCAGGCACCAGCAACCAUGGGAGGAUCCAGAAGCCUAGCUCAGGCUCACGUUCACCCAUGUUCCUAAACCGGAAUGCCGAGGCAUUAAUAAUGCAAUUCCAAAAUCGUUCUCCGGUGAUACCGGUCUCUUCGAUGUUUCCUGGGGCCGCCCCUCCAACCCCAAUGACCCCUGCUGUUGUUGACAAACAAGAUCUCCGGGAAGUCCGACGCCCCGAGUACCAGUACGCACUAGGUAAUAAUCUUGGUGUCAGCGAGUCUAACCUCAAGACUCCGCCAGACACCCCAGGCUUAUUAGCUCAGUUUGGCAGCCAGAAUUACCACAACAACGUUUUCCACCACGGAAUGAAUUACCCUGCCGACCAGCCGAUUUUCACACCGUUUGAGACCGAGUUCCCUGACCUCAGCAUGCAGAAUGUUCCUUGCUAUGCUGAGCUACAUGACGGUCUCCCCACAACCCCUUUGUAUCAGAAUAUGAUGGGUUCUAUUCAAGAGCAGAAUACGUACGCACAGCAUGCAACGGGGAACACGCAAUUUGACUGGGACUCCAAUGAGUCCGUCAAUUCAAAGCCUUCUCCCAACCAGUCGAGGUCGAGGUUAAUCCAAUUCACACAGAAUAUGACCCCUCAAGACUACACUAGCCAUCACGAGAAGUGAAAUUAUGCCCAUACCGUUUCAACCGUACUGGAAUAUAUCGGCAUUACUCAUCAUCAUUUAACCUAGUGAAGUUCCCAAGCAUCUUGGAGCUUUAUUACACCGAACCGAACUUCAGUGACCAGCCUUGUACGACUAAGGUCCUGUGUACCACCAACGUUCUACGUCACUCGUCUACUUGUCAAAUUAUUAGCAUUUGCAUUUAUCCUUAUAGGCAACCAGGUUCUUCGUGCAGAACCUGCUCCAAGCGGUGUACUCCAAAUAGUUUCUUUUUUUUAAUGUAAUGACCACGGCUAAUGCGUUGGGCUUGGAUUUGGCAAUAUAACUGAUAC